GAAGUGUCUUGCUGGAAGCUACACGGCUGAGUUUUACAUACAAAAAUCGAAGUUCAAACUUAUUGUCUUGUUUUUUUUUCUGAUUGAAGAAAAAAAAAAACGUUAAUAGAAUGAUCAUCAAAGAAUUACCCGUUGAAGAACAGGAAGCUAUCAGAAAGCUUCAAUAUGAAAUAAGUUGUCUUUAUAGUACUGUUUCUGAAGAGUAUAAAAAAGAAUGGGAAGCUGAAUGUAAAAAACGCUUGUAUGAUGACUGUCCUGAAGUUGUAAAGCAGGUUGAAAAGAGUUGUCAAGAAUUAGGGAUUUUAGAUCAAUGUCAAAUUAUUCCUGUUGAAUCUGACUAUUAUGAUUGGGAACUUCAGCAAAGAGCAUUUCGAGUUAAUGCUCCAUCAAAGGAACACAUGUGUAAAAGUGUCAUUUUAGAAAAUACUCGCUGUACUCACGAAGAUAUUUCAGAUCCCCUUUAUUCCAGAUAUUACUGCGUUAUUACUCAGUAUGUUAAACCUGUCAAUACGCAAAAAUUAUUAAAUUAUUGUCGUGCAAUGAAAAAUAAGGAAAUUAGUAAAAAAUACUACAACUAUCGUCUAGCUGAUCAAGAAGUAUCAUUGAAGCUUACUGGUUUUGAAAAAGGUGGCGUUAGCCCUAUAGGUAUGAAAGAACCUAUCCCUAUUAUCUUGGCCGAGUCAAUUACCAAAUUAAAGCCUGCUGUUAUGUAUCUUGGCGCUGGUCACAUAGAUUGGAAAUUAGGUAUUCCAGUAGACACAUUUAUAGAGAAAACUCAAUGUUUUAUUGCAGAUUUAGAUUAAAAUAGCUUAAACAUGUCUAUUAUUACAAACUAUUAUAUUCCCUUUGAGUUUAAUGUUGCUUCUAUUGUUUUAC